UUCUUUGUAGCUGCAUGGCAAAUUACGUUGGUUAUGGUUAGUUUAUAUUUGGUUUUGGUGGGGAGACCUUCCCAUCUUAAAUUUUGUUCACUUUUCUUUUUAAAUCUGUAUUUAUCAAAAAAUUUAAUUAAUUAUUCAUUCCUUUGGAAAGAAAAUCGCGAUAUCCAAAAAGUUAAAGAAAACUUAAGCCACAAGUAGCAAGUCAGGAAAGGAUUAGGUUUUAGGAAAGAAAUUAUGAAAACAUCCGUACUAGGCUGUCUUCUGCCUUCCGCAGAAUUCCGCUUUUUACCCUCCGCGUGGCGUUUUUUAAAUAUGGGAGGACUCAUCUCUGAUCCGUACCGUGCAUUUAAAUAAAAUUUUUAAUAAAUCUUCUAGUCUCAAGUAUUCCAUCUUUACAUGUGCACAACUAGAAGAAUUUCCAUUUUUCAACAUGGCAUUACCAAUUUAGUCAGCAUUUUUGCAGUCAUUAUUGAAAUAUUAUUGCUCAAUUUAUUUGUAUACACGCCAGCAUUUCAAUAUUUAAUGGAUAUACAAUCCCCACCUUUGUUUGUAUGGCUGUUUGCACCAAUUGUUGGUCUCUACCUUCUAGUUUUUAAUGAAACGCGUAAAUAUUUUAUCAGGAAUCAUCCAAGAAAUAGAAUUGUUAAUUUACUCAAAUUUUAG